AUGAAUCUGUCCCAAGCAUUGAGCGCCCUGUUCGUGGGCCUGGCUGGGGUACACGCAGCCAGCAACAACCCACCACCUCUGGUUUCAUCCCCCGGUGAUAUCACCGUCAUCCCAGGAUGGAGUCUCCAGUCCAGUAUUCACGCCCCAAACGAUAUGCCUCGCUUGUCCCAGCCCGGUGUGGAUGUGUCUACUUGGCAUCGUGUCGGGCCGCGUGGAACCGUUAUGGCCGGCCUGCUCCAAGCUGGCGUGUUCGACGAUACGGAGUUAUUCUAUUCAGACAACUUGAACCAACUGGCCUCGGAGACUAUUUUCCGUUCUCCAUGGCUGUACCGGGAGGAAUUUACACUCAACCCGAGCGACAACCAGUACUUUACAUUGCACACCCACGGGAUCACCUCGAAAGCCGAGAUCUACGUGAAUGGUGAGCGGAUCGCAACCAGCGAUGAGCAGCAGGGGUCGUAUGGCGGUCAUAAGUACAAUUUGACCGACCAUGUUCAUGAUGGAACAAACUGUCUGCUCAUCAGAGCCUAUCCAACGAAUUAUCUACGAGAUUUCGCCUUGGGCUUCGUAGACUGGAACCCCUAUCCUUCAGAUAACGGCACGGGCGUGUGGCGAAAUGUGGAGAUUUCUCAGACAGGUCCUGCUUCAAUGUCGCCUUUCCGAGUCAUCACUGAUUUCACAAAGCCUGGCCAGAACCAGAAGGUGAACGUCACGCUGAAGACUGAUCUGGUCAAUCAUUCACAAAACACUGUCCAAGUGUCAGUGAAUGGCACCAUCAUCCCACCGACCGGGUCCAAAGCUGGCCCUAUCCUUCGAUCGGUCGAACUCAAGCCUGGCGAGAGCAGAACAGUCUCAGUUGAGGUCUCAGUCGAGAAUGCCUCAAUUUGGUGGCCUGCCCGCUGGGGUGCGCAGCCACUCUACACAGUCCAAGCCAACUUGCUUCUUCAUAACAAAACUAUGACAAUCUCGGACAAGACUCAAGCCCAACAAUUUGGUAUCCGGCAAGUGUCAUCCUAUGUGAAUCAACACAAUGAUACCGCAUUCGUCGUGAAUGGCCAGCAAUUCCAAGUAAUGGGCGCCGGCUACGGACCUGAUAUGUUUAUGCGGUUUGAUGAGGGGCGUGUGGAGAAGAUCUUCCAGUACAUGCUUGAUAUGGGGCUGAACACUGUUCGUCUUGAGGGCAAGCAGGAGCAUCCAGAGCUGUAUGAGCUUGCUGACCGAAUGGGUAUGAUGGUUCUUGCUGGCUGGGAAUGCUGUGACAAAUGGGAGGGUUGGGAGUACAAUAACGAUGCCCAGGGUGUCAAGUGGGGGAAAUCAGACUACCCCAUUGCCCAAGCCGCAAUGCUCCACGAAGCAGAGAUGAUGCAAGCGCAUCCUUCUAUGCUGGGAUUCCUCGUGGGCUCCGACUAUUGGCCGAACGACCGGGCCACGGAAGUCUAUCUAGAUGCCAUGAAAGCUAUGGACUGGAAAAAUCCCAUCAUCGCAUCUGCCAGUAAACGUGGUUACCCCAAAGCUCUGGGUCCAUCUGGAAUGAAGAUGGACGGGCCAUAUGACUGGGUUCCUCCAAACUACUGGUAUGGCGACCAGGAAGGAGCCGCAUUCGGGUUCGGUUCCGAGCUUGGAGCAGGAGUUGGGACGCCCGAGAUGGGCAGUCUGAAGAAAUUCAUGUCUGACAGUGAUCUGGACACAAUGUGGAAGAAGCCUAAUUCCAGCCUCUUCCAUAUGUCACGGUAUGACUCCCAGUUCUUUGAUCGCUCAAUCUACAACGAAGCUCUUUUCGGUCGCUAUGGAAAGGCAACAGAUCUCGAGGAUUAUGUCUUGAAGUGUCAGAUGGCCGAUUACGAAGCGACUCGGGCGCAGUACGAGGCAUACUCAGCCAAACAAAACGCGUCUCGACCUGCAACUGGAUCCAUUUACUGGAUGCUGAAUAGUGCCUGGCCAAACCUCCACUGGCAAUUGUUUGACUAUUAUCUGAGUCCCAUAGGAGCAUACUUUGGCACGAAGGUUGGCAAUCGCCUCGAGCACGUUGCGUAUGACUAUGAGAGUGAAAAUGUGUGGUUGAUCAACCAUUCCUUGGAUCUACAAGGCGACCGAGAAGUUUCCAUUGAUCUGAUCGAUGCAAAUGGAAAGACGAUCUCCGGAACCAAGGUCAAGACAACCACAGUGCCGAACUCGUCCAAAGAACUCCAAAAAGUGACCGGAAUCGACAAGAUCCAGGACAUCGCCUUCUUACGCCUCGUCCUCCGCGACACCAAAGCAAAGCGAGACAUCAGCCGCAACGUGUACUGGCUCUCUCCCAAAAACGACGUCCUCAAUUGGGAUGAAUCAACCUGGUACACCACCCCAGUCACCGACUACGCGGACUACAAAAAACUAGAGAGCCUCCCUUCCGCGACCGUUAAAGCAACAGUGCAGACGGUUAACGCCCAAACCAAGGAUGGCUGGACGUACGCAGACGUCCAGCUGGAGAACAAGUCCAAGGUCCCGGCCGUGUUCCUGCGUUUGAACGCGAUCAAUUCUUCGAAUAGCGCAGAGGUUACGCCUGUUUUCUGGUCAGAUAAUUAUGUGACACUGUGGCCUAAUGAGAAGCUUCGGUUGUCGGUUGGCUUUGAAGGGGAUAUUAAGCAGACUGUGAUUGAGGUGUCUGGUCGCAAUGUGAAGAAGCAGAGUUUGAAGAGUCCCAAGUAG